AUGCUUUGGAAGAACCCUUCACCGUUUUCUCGAGUCUUCCAAAGCCCAUUGGCUCUUCUACGACUUCGCUCCCUUCUGGGCACCUUCUGUCGCUUCCAAAUUCGGUAUCAAGAGCGCCUUUUUCAGCAUCUAUACGGUUUCCUUUAUGACCUUCGUGGAUCCGCUUCGAUUUUGACCGGCGUUGAGCCUUCGCCGCUGACCAAACUUGAAGACUAUACUAUUCCUCCGCCGUGGGUCCCGUUUCCGACCACUGUGGCGUUUCGCUACUUCGAUAUCGCGAGAAUCGCCAGUUGUGGCUCCGACGACGCGUCUGGCGUUUCGGUUCGUACCGGCUGGGUGGUGGUAUCCAGAACUGCGAUUUCGUCGCCAUAA